AUGCGGACAAAAAAUCCCAUGGCUAAAAAGCCACAGCAAAUAUUAUUUUCAAAAAACACAUAUGGUCCAUGGGUGAAAGUUGAAAAUUGGGAUUUUGCGAAUCACGCUGAAAAGAAAGACAAUUAUGUGUAUCGAGAUUAUUUAAGUAAUCAUGUCAGUACUUACAACCGUUGGGGAAACCAGGAUCAAGGUGUAGGGAAAACUGAAACUGGACAUAUGCUAGAACAGGUUUUUACAAGAACGGAACCGAUUUAUGCUUUCAAGCCCUUGGUUAAUUUUACGUCGUACCCCUGUACUGAUACCCCGGGAAGAAAUAAAUUAAUGAAGAAAGCCAACUUAGCGGAAUUACCGCAUGAUUUUGGUGUAAUGGACUAUUUAAGUACACAACAAAAUGACUAUAGAAGUCCUUAUCCCGGAGUUACAAGACCGCUAACAAUGUCUUCCCCACCGUGGUUGUUAAAUCGAGUUAUACGUUCCGAUUUAACUCAUAACCAUGGCACCGCUCCACCAAGAGGAGAUUACCAAUGUUUGGAUACACAUACACCUAUUGGGCACAUACGAGAAAUGAGGCUCUUCCGUUAUCAAUCAUUUAAUCCAGCCACCUGCGUUCAAGACUUUCCGAAAUUAAAAUAA